AUAUAUAUAUAUAUAUAUAUAUAUAUAUAAUAUAUAUUUUAUUGUUUUGCUAAAAUAAAAUAAAAAGCUUAAUCCCAAAUACUCUGGUAGGAAUCUGCUUCGCAAUGCAGGUAGAAGAUGCGCGGUAUCUAAAAAGGAAAGUGAAGGGAGGGAACAUAGAUGUCCACCCAACUGAAAAGGCCCUUGUUGUUCACUAUGAAGUGGAAGCAACUAUUCUUGGGGAGAUGGGGGACCCCAUGCUGGGGGAACGAAAGGAGUGUCAGAAAGUCAUUCGCCUCAAGAGCUUGAAUGCCAACACUGACAUUGCAUCCCUUUCACGGAAGGUAGUGGAGGAGUGUAAGCUGAUCCACCCAUCUAAACUGGCUGAAGUGGAGCAGCUGCUGUUCUACCUGCAAAACCGAAGGGACACUCCCACCGGGAGAGAAAGGAAAGAGAAGAAGCCGAGCAAACCAAAGGACCCGCCUCCUUUCGAGGGGAUGGAGAUUGAUGAGGUGGCCAACAUUAAUGACAUGGACGAUUACAUAGAGUUGCUCUAUGAAGAAAUUCCUGAUAAAGUCAGAGGCUCUGCGCUAAUCCUACAGCUGGCUCGCAACCCCGACAACCUGGAAGAACUGUUGCAAAAUGAGACUGCACUAGGGGCUCUGGCGAGAGUCCUAAGGGAAGACUGGAAACAGAGUGUGGAGCUUGCUACCAACAUCAUCUAUGUAUUCUUUUGUUUCUCUAGCUUUUCACAAUUCCAUGGGCUGAUCACUCACUAUAAAAUUGGUGCUCUGUGUAUGAAUGUCAUUGACCACGAGCUGAAGAGGCACGACUUGUGGCAGGAAGAGUUGCUUAAAAAGAAGAAAGCUGUCGAAGAUGAUCCUGAAAACCAGACCUUGAAGAAAGACUAUGAAAAAACAUACAAGAAGUACCAAGGACUUGUGGUCAAACAGGAACAGUUAUUAAGAGUUGCCCUCUACUUGCUGUUGAACUUGGCUGAAGAUACACGCACAGAGCUGAAGAUGAGAAACAAGAAUAUUGUCCAUAUGCUGGUAAAAACCUUGAACAGAGACAACUUUGAGCUCCUCAUCCUUGUGGUGUCCUUCCUUAAGAAACUCAGCAUUUUUAUGGAAAACAAAAAUGAUAUGGCGGAAAUGGAUAUUAUUGAGAAACUGGCCAGACUGGUUCCAUGUGAACACGAGGAUCUGCUGAACAUCACCCUGCGUCUCCUUCUCAAUCUCUCCUUUGACACUGGGCUUCGCAACAAGAUGGUCCAAGUGGGGCUGCUGCCAAAACUCACCGCACUCAUAGAAAAUGAAAGCCACAAGCAGAUAUCGAUGUGUAUUCUCUAUCACAUCAGUAUGGAUGAUAAAUUUAAAUCCAUGUUUGCAUACACAGACUGCAUUCCACAGUUGAUGAAGAUGUUAUUUGAAUGUUCAGAGGAGCGAAUGGACCUGGAACUCAUUUCAUUUUGCAUUAACCUGGCUGCUAACAAGAGGAAUGCACAAUUAAUCAGUGAAGGUAACGGGUUGAAGAUGCUGAUGAAACGAGCAUUGAAGUUUAAGGAUCCACUUUUGAUGAAAAUGAUUAGAAAUAUUUCUCAGCACGAUGGCCCUACUAAAAACGUAUUUAUUGACUAUGUGGGAGAUCUGGCAGCCCAGAUUGGUCAUGAUGAGGAGGAGGAAUUUGUGAUCGAGUGCUUGGGGACCCUGGCCAACCUGACAAUCCCAGACCUGGACUGGGAACUUGUACUGAAGGAGUACAACCUGGUUCCCUACCUGAAGGACAGACUCAAACCAGGUUCUGCAGAGGAUGACCUGAUGUUGGAGGUGGUGAUAAUGCUGGGGACGGUGUCGAUGGAUGACUCCUGUGCUGCCAUGUUAGCCAAGUCUGGAAUUAUUCCAUCACUCAUUGAACUACUGAAUGCCCAGCAGGAGGAUGAUGAAUUUGUUUGCCAGAUUGUCUACGUUUUCUACCAGAUGGUUUUUCAUCAAGCUACCCGAGAUGUCAUCAUCAAAGAUACCCAAGCUCCAGCCUAUCUCAUUGACUUGAUGCAUGACAAGAAUGCAGAGAUCAGAAAAGUCUGUGAUAACACACUGGACAUCAUUGCGGAAUAUGAUGAGGAGUGGGCAAAGAAGAUCCAGAGUGAGAAGUUCCGCUGGCACAACUCCCAGUGGCUGGAGAUGGUAGAGAACCGGCAAAUGGAUGAGGGUGAGCCCUACAUGUAUGGAGAUGAUGGCAUCGAGCCGUAUAUCCAUGAGGGAGACAUACUAGAGAGACCUGACCUUUUCUACAGUGCAGAUGGAAUGAUUCCUUCUGAUGGAGCAAUAAGCCCUGAUUUCUUUAAUGACUUCCACGUACAGAAUGGAGACAUGGUUGGACAUCAUCUCUUCACUGGCAGCAUGGGGGUGGAUGGAAAUGUUCAGUCAGCUGGUGUUCCUGGGCGCCCCACCACAGCCUAUGGCUAUCGCCCUGAUGAGCCAUUCUACUAUGGAUUUGGGAGCAGAUAAACUGAACAGUUUUCACAGCACUGAACAGAAUAGCCUGAUCUCAGACACCUACAUCCCUGGCUUGAAGGAAUUUACCGUUUCUGAUUUGGAAUGAGGAUUGGGUUAUUAUGUUAAUGAAAUGGAAGAAUUUGGAAGUUUUCUAGGCAAUGACAAACCUCCCUUGCAUUCCUAUCCGUGUUGGACCUUAGCAGAUCAUUCGAAGACAAAUUGUGUUUUAUUUGUGUGUUUUUCUCAUCUGUUAUUAUCAUCAGUGUAUUUGUAUUCAUUGAAAUGUUCAUGGAUUUGAACGCAUAUAUGACAAAUGUGCAGUAACAUCAUGAUUGUCCCUGCAGCAAAUUUUGAAAUCCUUGUUAAAUGAAAAGUGUUGUAUCUAGAAAAUGCCACCAAAUUCAAGUAAUCCAAGGUUGGGAGCAGCGUUGCAUGAUGUCUUAAUUUUCAAGUAUGUUGCAGUCUUGUGUGCGUGUCUUAAUUUAUUUAUUGUGCUGAGGAUAUACUGUACAUGCAUAUGUGUUCUGAUAUAAACUGAUUAUUUUUAGAUGGGAACACUUUUAUUGGUGUGGCUUGGAGGUGACACAGCUGGUUAUGAGUUUUAUAACUUGGCGCCAAAGGCACUACAUAUAGCCUACAGUUUCAGAUUGGAAAUUGGCAGCUACUUUUAUUUGUUGUAUAUUUUUGUUGUCAGAAAACAUAUGCUGUUUUGUUUUUGAGAUUUGUUUUGUUUUGUUUACUGGUUCUAACCAUUCUUAUGUUGUCUUUUAUUAUGGUUUGUAAGCUGAUUUUGAAAAUUCUGAACAAAACCAAUCUGAACAACAUGUUUGUAUCCUUGUGCCUGAAGUUUGUAUGAUACUGUACUGAAAACUUUAUUUAUGAAAUACGACUAUUGAAGGGUCACCAGCCUUUUGGUCAAGUGGCUGUGCAAUUCAAUGUGUUAAUAUGUAUGUUAAUAUUAAGGCUUGCUGGGCAAUAAGACACCUUAUCAACCUUGA